CAGAUGUUCUAGGAAAGUUGGUCAGCUCCUCCCCAAAGUCCGCGGAUGUCCAUAGUAAGGCCCGGCUAUCCGCAUAGGACGACGGUGCUGUUCUGUUCUCCCAAGGAACGCCUUUAAGUUCCAGAGUUUACCCAUCAGUGCAUUAGCCUAUUGGUUACGGUACCGUCGAGAAUUACUCCCUUGCCCGAAUUAUUACUCACUUCACCCGGGAGACCGACGGCAGGUCUUCUAACCUGAUAUCGGCGCAUACCAUCGAGCUCACUAUAUAAAGCGCGUGUGCCCAUCCCAUCUGUGCCCUCCCAGUUUCGACAUGGUCGUCCUCCAGUCCACGACCCCAUUAACUGCUAUUCCAACCAAUCUGACGGUCCCACAGUUUCUAUUGGAUGAAUAUCACCAUGUUACCCGCCCUACACGACUUCCACGAACUCCGUGUUUGAUCGACGAUGACACGGGGCAAGUGGUCUUCAUAGAUGAACUUCGAACUCGUUCUCGAGACAUCGCCUCUGUCAUGUACCAUCGGUUCAAAAUACAACACGAUGACAUAGUGUCCAUAAUGAGCUACAAUCAUAUUGAUUUUGGCCCAUGUGUUUGGGCGGCACACCGUGUGGGCGGCGUGGUAUCAACGCUAAGCCCUACGCUUGUAUUGGGGGAACUAGUGCAUCACCUUAGCAUCGCUAGACCCUCUUUGUUGAUCGUUCAUGCGGACUGUUUGCCUGUGGCUGUAUCGGCGGCAUCGUCGAUUAACCUUGCUCUGGACCGUCUAAUCAUCAUUGAGGCGCCAGUUUGGAAAGAACCUGUCCCUUAUCACUCAUUGCACGAGUUAAUAGAGCAAGGUUCACUUCUUCCGCCUCCGGUCGAAAGAAUUCUGUGCGAAGGGGAAGGAAAACGAGCGAUUGCGUUUCUAGCACCUUCAUCUGGUACUACCGGUAUUCAGAAGGCCGUCUCUAUUACGCACUUUAAUGUUGUUAGUAUGAUUAUACAAGAGGCUACCUUUAAUAAGUUAAAUGAAGCAUACGUGCCGUGGAAUGAGCAGCGGUUCAGACCAGGCGACGUCUGUGGCGGUUUUUUGCCGCUCUAUCACAUUUAUGGACUUGUCUUCAAUCUACAUUAUAUGCUAUAUGCUGCGAUGACACUCGUCCUCUCAAGAAAGUUUCACUUCGAGAGCUUUCUAGCUAGCAUAGAACGACACCAAAUCACACAUUUACCAUUAGUUCCUCCUCAGGCAGUCUUACUUUGCAAACAUCCAGCCGUCCAGAAUUACGAUUUGUCAUGUGUUCGAUACUGCGUCGUCGCCGCGGCACCGCUGAGCGCAUCGCUCACUGAAGAGCUUCUCACGAUAAUGCCUAACAUCCAUUUAGGUCAAGCGUAUGGUAUGACCGAGACUUGUGGAGCUGUUAGCAUGUUCCCGGUAACUCAAAAGGUCGGAACGCUAGGAAGUGGAGGUCAGCUUCUUCCAGGAACAACAGCUAAGGUGGUCAAAGAAGACGGAACGAUUGCCCAAGAUGGUGAAGUCGGGGAACUAUUGAUUAAAGGUGGACAAGUAGCCCUCGGCUAUUAUGGAAACCCCACUGUAACCUCAGAGACCUUUGUCGACGGAUGGCUUCGUACAGGGGACCAGGUCAUGUUCAAAAGCGGGGACCUCUUCGUCAUGGACCGCGUGAAAGAGCUGAUCAAGGUCAAGGGAUUCCAAGUCCCACCCGCAGAGCUGGAAGGCCACCUGUUAACACAUACAUGUAUCGCUGAUGCAGCAGUCAUCGGUGUGGCAGACGACUUCGCUGGAGAGCUUCCUCUUGGGUUCAUUGUCUUGAAACCAGAAGUUAACUGCGCUGUUAAAGAGGACCCGGCUUUUGCGGAAGAGGUUAGGUUCGACAUCUUCGAGCAUGUUGCAAAGUCCAAAUCCAGUUACAAGUGGUUGACCGGAGGGGUUAUUUUCAUUGAUGCGAUUCCACGCAACGCCUCCGGUAAGAUCCUUCGACGUCUUUUACGACAGCAAACAAAGAAAUCUUCUUUCCCUGUCUCUGCUUCUUCCCGAUAUCACACUAAAAUGUAAAAGUGUAUCCUUUUUUCGUUGUAACUAUUUAUUGUUCUGCUGGAGGAUGGAAGUGCAACUGUAUUGUAAUCUCUCGAACUCACCGGUACAUUAUACUCUGUCGCUUAUUUCAACUAACGGAAUGUAACAAAUUUAUGUCC